GGAGAAGUUGGGAAAUUUACUUGUAAUGUCGCGCCUCAGAGUACGACGACAUACAAGACGCAAGUCGACAAGGCAUGUUAUUCAAGAUACCAACAGAAUUAUAAUUCCCCACUACCAUUUUAUGGCUUCGUCAUUCUGAGUAUUUGGUUCCCGAUUGUUGUCGCUGUUAUCUAUUCACUCUGCGUCCGACGUCGUGUUGAGGAAAUCGACUCGAAUACAAAUGAACCUCAAACUCAGGGGGAAGCAGACAACGAGGUACAGAACAAGGGGACUUUGUAUGUUUCGUAUUUCUAUUUUUUCCACGUUGCUAUUUGUGUCCUAUCUGGGAUACUGUUUACUAUCCUACAGUAUACAGUGUUUUUUCCAAGUGGUUUUGAUUUCGAGUUUAGCUGUAGUCUACCACCAACAGGGUUUACGACCAAAUUAGCACAUAUAUUAAAUGCGAGUGACGGUCUGUUGAAUAUGAUAUCUAUUACAUGUGAAAAUUCGAGUGCAUUUGAGAAACAGUUAUGGUGGGUCAUCGUAUCUGUAUUAAACACGGGUUUUGCUUCGAUAAUGUUUGGGGAAUUGAUUCGUCUUUGCCGACGAUCACGAAACCGUUGUUGGAGUUCUGAUGCCGAGUUUAUUAUGGUUUAUUUGUUAGGAAAGCAAUAUUUGCAUAUUCAACUGAAACGAACAAACCUUCAGGAAUGUAUAGACUUUUACAAAAGACAAGUUUUGGAACCGUCUCGUACAUCCAACGUGAUUUAUGGGCCGAAAACCUCUUUAGAACAGUUGUAUAUUAAUCUUGUAAUACAUACUGAACGAGCUAAGCACAAAUUUUCAAAAAGCAUGAGACGGCAUGAAAUAUUCAAUGUUUAUAUGGAAGUUCCUCAACACUCCAUAUGUCUAGGAGAGGUAAAAGAUUUAUUUUAUCCCAACAAAGAUACAGAUGGUAACUACCCACGCAAGAUUGUAGUAGUCGGUCGCCCUGGUAUAGGAAAAACUGUCUUGACUGAAAAAAUCAUGCGUGAUUGGGCUAGUGGAAUUGACGAAUGUUAUUGUGGCAAGAUUGCCUUGUAUUUUAAAUUUAGAUGGUUCAAUCUUACCGAAUUCAAAGACAUAUCUCUUAAGACGUUUCUUCGUUAUGGAACAGGACUGAGUGAUGAGAAAUUUGAAACUAUUUAUGAACAUAUAACAAAAUGGCCAGAAAGAGCCAUUGUUAUAUUUGAUGGUUUAGAUGAAUUUAAUGGCAACAUGGAGUGCUUUGACAAUUUACCCCCUCCAAACGAUCCUAAUGUUUCAAUGUCUGGAAUUUCUUUGUUUAUUAAACUGAUUUCCGGCCACUUAUUGCAAGGGGCAACAGUUUUGGUAACGAGCAGGCCAACAGCAAACGAGUUUUACUCCAGGGUUAAUUUUGAUAGAACUGUUGAGAUUAUUGGUUUCACCUCAGAUAAAAUUGAGGAAUAUGUCAGCAGAUUUUGUGACAAUAAUAACAGAAACGAUCUAAAGGCGAACGUGUGGAACCACAUAAAAUCCUCGUCGGACUUGUUAAAUUUAUGUUACAUUCCUGUCAAUUGCUUCAUUGUCUCUGCAGUCCUCUUUGAAUGUCUUAGUGAUUGCAGAAAUGAAACCAGUGCUCUUCCAACAACACUGACUGAACUUUAUGAUGCAGCCAUCGCCCAUUUUGAUAAGCACCACUAUAGCCAGUUAGAUGGACAAUCCUCCGAAGAUGCAAUCAAGAAACUUGAAUUAUUAGCUUUCAAUGGAAUUGUACAUGGCCAACUUGUUUUCAACAAUGACCUAUUCGAUGAACAAAUGAAAAAGUCUGGUUUAUUGAACAGUUUAUCCAACCCCAUUUUUCCAGUGAACACACAGUUUUGUUUUAUUCAUCUAACUAUACAGGAAUUUCUCGCUGCAAGACAUGUGGUUGAAACUUUCUCUCCGGAAAAAAUCAAGCAGUUUAUUUUCUCACAUAUUGAAAGUGGCCAAUGGCAUUUAGUGCUUCAGUUUAUUGCUGGUCUGUUGGGCAAGAAAAUAAAGAUGUUUAAGAAAAACGACUACAAUGAUUGUGUGUUGGCGUUUACACACAGGGUAAUUGUUAAGAACGGUAAAAUUGAUUUUAAUAAAGAUUAUAGUUUAUUGUUUGUCAUGAAAUGUAUACGGGAAGUGGAUGAUGAAGACGUUGUUCAAGAAGCUUGUGAAACAACUGUUAUGAAUGAUGUUGUCAGCCUAAGUAACUGUCGGACGAUUACGGCAGUAACAGCCCUCACCUCAACCGACUGGGCGGCAGUGACUUUUGUUUGCAAACACAUGAAGAAAUUAACGGAAUUAAGUUUGUACUUAUCAUCGCAUUUGAGUGAAGAAGGUUAUCUUCAAGUUAGUAAUCUUCUACAACAAAGAUGUGUAAAACAACUGAGGUUGAUGGGUAGAGGAUUUCACACGAGUGAGUACUUGGAAGGAGAAUGUCUAUUUAAAGCAUUAAUGAAAUCGCAGUGUACUUUAAACCACGAACACAGUAUGAUUACAGAAUUGGACCUUCGACAUUUUCACAUAACCAAUGAAUGUUUAUCGAUUAUGUGUGAAUUUUUUAAAAACAGGCAUGCAAGUUGUCUUGAGCGAUUAACCUUGCAUAGUUGUGGUAUAACUUCUCGUGAAAUAUCCAAACUUUGUGAACUCCUCGAUAUUAUGCCUUAUCCGGAGUUUACAUAUCUGGAUCUUAGUGCUAAUGAGAUUCUUGAUGAGAGUGUAAGAGUGUUGUGCAAUGCCCUUAAACAUAACCAUUUAGAGCUUACUCAUCUGUAUCUUGAUAAGUGCUUGGUAAGUGAUGAUUGUAUACCUUCGUUGUGUGUCUUACUUAAGGAUGAACGCUGUGAGCUGACUGUUUUGUCAAUGGAAGAUAACGAGGGUAUAAGUGAUGAAGGUUUACGUAUGUUAUGUGAAUCUGCUUUAAGAGAAGAGCAUUGUAAACUUACAGAGUUACACCUGUUUAAGUGUUCGUUGACAGAUGAAUGUAUACCCGAGCUACUCAAAGCAUUGCAAGAUGAACAUUGUGGACUCAAUAAAUUGACGCUAACCGGGAAUAAGUUUACCGAGAAAGGCAAGAAGACGCUUCGUGACAUAGAAAAACAUAAACAUUGCCAAGCCAGAGGUUUGCAAUUUAAUUUUGGCAUGCUUUAG